CCCUGCCGGGGCGCUCCGCCUUGGGCUCUGCCCCAGCGAGUGCGAGGAGCCGGAGCCCUUCUCUCGCCACCCAGAGCGGCGCUUCCUCGCGAGCCAGCCCAUCCUUCCUGCCGUAGAAUUCCAGUACUGUGCAAUUAAAGGAAUCUUCAUUCCUGGGAACUUGAAACUCUGGUAGAUUAUUUCUGAAUCCCUUGAUGAUUCUAAAAUGGAGCCUCUGUCAUUCAAAGUUAAAAAACUUCAAGCACCCACUGAUCUCUCAGUGGAUUUUAGUCUCCAGCUUGUUGGUUCUCUGCCAGUACAUUCUCUAACCACCAUGCCAAUGCUGCCUUGGAUAGUGACAGAGAUUCGGCGGCUCAGUAUGCAGUCUUCCGUAGAAGAACCUAGCACCACCCAAAUCCAGCUUUAUGUUUCACCAGCAAGCCUGCGAUGUGAACUAGACACAGGGAAAAGCCAACAGUGGGAUCCUUUGAGUUGCUGCAGCCUGUUUGAGUAUAAGCCACAACAUGUCCACAAACUGAUUCACAAUAGCCACGAUCCAAGUUACUUUGCUUGUCUGAUAAAAGGUGGAGCAGUAAAUCAGCAAAGUAUCUGUUACGUAUUCAGAGCUGCUGAUCAAACAAAAGUGCCUGAAAUUAUAAGCUCCAUUCGGCAGGCUGGAAAAAUCGCUCGUCAGGAAGAGUUUCAGAAUAAUCUAUCUGAAGUUGAAGACCCUUUUUCCAAAAAGUUUGAGGUCUUGUUCUGUGGACGAAUGACAGUAGCACACAAAAAUGCACCCCCAGCGCUAAUUGAUGAAUGUAUUGAAAAAUUUAACCAUGUUAGUUGUAGCAAAAAAUUGGAAUUUAAUUCAUUGUCCCAACAACAUGAAGCUGUCAAUAAUUCCGGAGGAUUAUCCUUCAGUGAUAAAUUGCGAUCUGUUUUCCAACCUUUGGUCACCGAAGAAGAGGAAAGAAGACCAAUUAGGAAAUCUUGCUCUCAGCCUGGACUGCGUUCUUUAUAUUUUAAGAGAGACUUGCAAGAUAGGAGCUGGAGGAGUAACAGUUUUGCCAGCUCUUUUGAUGAAACUGAGAUUUCAUUGAACCUAAAACGUCAACUUAACUAUGGACACAACGUUGUGCAGCCAACAGAUAUUGCAGGAAACCGGACUAUGUUAUUCACGAUUGGGCAGUCAGAAGUUUACCUUAUCAGUCCUGACACGAAAAAAGUAGCACUUGAGAAAAGCUUCAAGGAAAUAUCCUUUUGCUCUCAGGGAAUUAGACAUGUGGAUCACUUUGGGUUCAUCUGUAGAGAGUCUUCAGGAAACGGUGGCUGCUACUUUGUCUGCUAUGUGUUUCAGUGCACAGAUGAAGCCCUGGUUGAUGAAAUCAUGAUGACUUUGAAACAGGCUUUCACGGUAGCUGCUGUGCAACAAACCUCCAAAGCUCAGCUCCAACUCUGUGACGGAUGCCCUAUGCAAUGCCUGCAUAAGCUCUGUGAAAAGAUAGAAGGGCUACAUCCUUCUAAAACUAAACUAGAACUCCAGAAGCAUCUAACACUACUCAAUAACCAGGAACAGGCCUCUGUGUUUGAGCAGAUUCAGAAGUUAAGACCAAGAAAUGAUCAGAAAGAGAAUGAGUUGAUUAUCUCUGUUCUAAGAAACAUGUAUGAAGAAAAACAGAAGGAUCAUGUUCACAUUGGGGAAGCAAAGCAGGCUUCACAGCCUUUUGGAGAGGCUACAGGAAAUGAGAUGCCAAGCAGUGCUCCCAGGUUCAGAUUAGAUAUGUUGAAAAGCAAAGCUAAAAGGUCGCUAACAGAAUCAUUAGAAAGUAUCUUGUCACGGGGUAGUAGAGCCAAGGGUUCAUUAGAAAGUUCUGGAAGUAUAGAUUUGGACAGCUCCUUAUCCAGUACAUUAAGCAGCACAAGUAAAGAACCAUCUUUGUGGGAAAAAGAAGGCCCAGUGCCUCUGGAAACUCCUGCCGAGACCAAUGGAUCUGUGGGAGAUCUCUCCAGUGAACCAGUUAGUCACCCCAUCGAACAGCCUGAUAAAUUACCUCAGCAAGGCUUUCGCCGGCGAGCAAACACAUUGAGUCACUUGCCUAUCGAAUGCCAGGAUUCUCUAGAACCAGUUGAAACAUCACCAUCCGUUCCACAAAGGAAACUUAUGAGGUAUCAUUCAGUGAGCACAGAGACUCCUCACAGGCGAAAUUUGGGCACAUCUAUUGGCGAUUCUGAAAGCUGUUCUGGUCAAUCUUCAGCUCUCUCUCCUCUAGCUCGUCUUAAUCCCUCGGCCUCUUCACCCACCUUUUUAAAAUAUAUAAAGCAUAAUUCAAGCAGAGAACAAAGUGGGCAUAUUGCCCAAAAGAGCACCUCCUACCGUACUGCCCUACGGAAAAAGCUUCAUUCUUCCUCCUCUGUGCCAAAUUUCUUAAAAUUUCUGGCUCCUGUAGAUGAAAAUAACGCCUCUGACUUUAGGAGUGCAACAAGUGACUAUGAGUCUAAACAAAGCCAGCUGGAUGUUGGCAAUGACACCCCUGUAAAGACUCGCCGGCAUUCAUGGAGACAACAGAUAUUCCUUCGAGUUGCAACUCCACAGAAAGGAUGUGAUUCUCCUAGUCGAUAUGACGAUUAUUCUGAAUUGGGAGAUAUUCCACCUAGGUCCCCAUUAGAACCAGUUUGUGAAGAUGGUCCCUUUGGACCAGUGAAGGAAGAGAGGAAACGGACAUCUUGGGAGCUUCGGGAACUAUGGCAGAAAGCCAUUCUUCAACAGAUACUGCUGCUCAGAAUGGAAAAAGAAAAUCAAAAGUUGCAAGCUUCUGAAAACAAUUUGCUGAACAGGCGUUUGAAACUUCAUUAUGAAGAAAUCACUCCAUGCUUGAAAGAUGUAACUUUAGUUUGGGAGAAAAUGCUGAGUACACCAGGAAGGUCAAAAACAAAAAUUGACAUGGAAACAAUACAUUCUGCUGUUGGGCAAGGAGUACCACGUCAUCACCGGGGUGAGAUCUGGAAGUUUUUAGCAGAACAAUACCAGCUUAAACAUCAGUUUCCAAGUAAGCAGCAGCCAAAGGACACUCCCUACAAAGAACUCUUAAAACAAUUAACAUCCCAGCAACAUGCAAUACUUAUUGACCUGGGCCGCACGUUUCCAACACAUCCUUAUUUCUCAGCACAAUUGGGAACUGGGCAGCUGUCACUCUACAAUAUUUUAAAGGCCUAUUCUCUACUGGACCAGGAAGUAGGGUACUGCCAGGGCCUUAGUUUUGUAGCCGGAGUUCUACUGCUUCAUAUGACUGAAGAAGAUGCUUUUAAAAUGUUGAAGUUUCUCAUGUUUGAUAUGGGCCUAAGGAAACAGUAUCGUCCUGACAUGACUAUUUUACAGAUCCAGAUGUAUCAACUUUCCAGACUUCUUCACGAUUACCAUAGAGAUCUCUACAAUCAUUUGGAGGAACAUGAGAUUGGCCCUAGUCUCUAUGCUGCCCCCUGGUUUCUGACCAUGUUUGCCUCUCAGUUUCCCCUGGGAUUUGUUGCCAGAGUGUUUGAUAUGCUCUUUCUUCAGGGAUCAGAAGUUAUAUUUAAAGUGGCUUUAAGCCUGUUGGGAAGUCACAAGCCUUUGAUUCUGCAACAUGAGAACUUGGAAACCAUAGUGGAUUUUAUUAAAAAUACACUUCCAAACCUGGGCUUGGUACAGAUGGAAAAGACCAUUAAUCAAGUGUUUGAAAUGGAUAUUGCCAAGCAAUUGCAAGCUUAUGAAGUGGAAUACCAUGUGCUACAGGAUGAGUUGAUAGAUUCUUCUCUCAAUGACAAUCAGAAAAUGGACAAGUUGGAAAAGGCAAACACUAGUUUGAGAAAACAGAAUUUUGAUCUGCUGGAAGAGCUGCAGGUGGCAAAUGGAAAGAUCCAAAACCUAGAAGCUGAAGUAGAAAUGUUAUUGAGCAACGAGUGCAAAUUAAAGCAAUCCAUUCUCACUCUAGAGCUGGAGAGAAAAGCUUUGCUGCAGACAGUAGAGGAUCUGCGCAUGCAGACCGACAGCCCAGGUGGAAAACCUCUACUUACCAGGCAAGAGUGCAUGGAUGCCAACUGACAGCUGCAAUUGUAAAGGAGUAGACAAGCUCCACAAAGACAAAGGGAAGAACUGGUUUUUACUUCCAUCAUUAGGAUUUUACCCUGUCAUCUUAGCAUUGUCCAUGCCUUACUGUAGCCGAGUUAGGGAAUGGGAGUGUCUGCACAAAUAUGAGAAGCACGUUUCUCAGGGAGGAGACUCUUGCUUGUUAACUUAUGGAAUUCUGAUGAACUAUAAAAAUACACAAUAUAAGGAAAAAUUUCUCUUUCACUAAAUAAUAUAUCUGCACUCCAGAUACAAUGUUUGUAAAUAUCUGCAUUCACAAACUCUUCCAUAAGUGCUUCUAAACCUAAAUGCUUUAUAUUGGUUACUUGUGUUCCUUUUUGUACUUAGAUAACUCCACCUUAAAAUGAGAUGUCCUGUAAAAGGCUGGAGAAUUGUGGCAGUGAAGGGACUCUGCCUUUUUGGGGCUACAGGGUAUUAGCAUUCACAGAUAGCUUUGUGAUUAUACUCAGUAGAUUUCUGAGAAUGUAAUUCCCCUGCAGCUUGGCUGUGUUCCACUAAUCAUUUUAUUAAGGCCCCUCCGAUAGACGUUUUGUGUGCUUAAAGGUGUUAAUUUAGUAGACCAUGGAGAGAUGGCCUUGGUUGUAUGUAACUAUAAUUAAUUCUGGUGCAUUUUGCCAUCAGUUUUUAUGAAAUAUACUGUUUUAAUAUGUUUUGUUUUGACAUCCAACAUUUUAGGGUUGUUGUUUGACACAAUCUCAUAAAUGUACCAUUGAAGGUAACAGAAUUUUACUUUCUCUACAGAAUACACUGACAUUGUCAAGGUGGAGUCUGCUACUCUCACAGCAUUGUAGUGGAUUUAUCUUCAUACCGUAAAGAGUCAUUUUAUUUAUUUGUUUCUGAUCUGCUGUAUGAUGUCAGACAUCCUCUUUCAGGAAAGCAAAUGCCUCUGGCUAUUAGUUUCAUUUGGUACUCAGUGCCCAUCUAUCCUUUAGUGAAGAACAAUAUUUAAGACUUUCUCUGAGAUGGUAGAGGCACUUCAAAGCUUGAUUUUUGCACCAGACAUACUGAAACUACUUUAUAAAGGAAGUUUGAAUUAGAGCCGUGGUCUAUUUACAAUGUAUCUUUUGAGCAAGAUUACACAUUGAAGAGAGCUUACUUUUCUUUAAAAUACAAUGAACAGCAUUUUCAGGCCAGUUAAAGUACCACUGUUUCAACCACAGGUGCUAUAACAUCCCAGGGUAUCCAGUUAACUUGGUUGCUGUUGAAUUAGACCAAAUAGUACCACAAUUUGUUCUUCCCAAAACUCAGAGUUACAGGCACCAACUUGCUGCUGUAUUAGAAAUCAGUAUUUCAGAGGUGAGUUUCCUAAAUUGGGUAUUUCUUAUUCUUAACAUUUCAGUGCACAGUUAUUUCUCUAAUCUACAGUGUGGUGAAAGAUCUUUUAUUUUUAUGCAUGCUUCUUUAUGGUACAACAUUCUGCAAUGUGUACCACUGGUGUGGAUGAAAUACCACCCUGUGGAUUAAAUUGGAGAAUUUGUUGUGUAAUUUCUAAGACACAGAUUGACUCCUGUAACUUCUUAGAUGUGACUGGUUUUUACAAAUCCAUUCUAUUCACAUAGUGUCUAAAUUCCAUACAAGUGAGACUUUGCAAAUCUCUUUCCUCUUAUGUUUGGUUUUUUAAUUGUCUAGCCAUACAGAAGCUCACACUUAACAUUUUAAAAUUUCUUUGCAUCACGCCCUUACUGUUUGAGGAUUAAGUUAGGUUGACUUUGGACAUCUUGGGUUAUUACUCAUACAUUGGCUUUUUAUAUUAAACAAAAGAGCAACAGAGAAAAGUUAAUGAUCCAUGCCAAAAUUUAUGUUUGCAAAUUUUAUUAAAGGUAAGAACAAAAGUAAAGUUCUCUAUAUGAUAGUUCAUAAGCUAAUAUUUUAAGAGUUUUUCUGUGACCACAGUAUGAUUUUUAAAUAGUUAUUAAUGAAAACUGAUGCACAUCAAACUUUUCUAGACACACUACGUACCCAGUUGUGAUCUUGGACUGAGCAUCUGUAUCUCUUGGCUCACAAUGUAUAUUUUUGGUAUGACUCAAGGAGUGCAGUAAUUUGGCUGGUGUUCUGCUUCUCUUUCAGUGUAAAUGCAGAAAAGCUUCUGGCCUAAAGAUCUUUUAAAGAAUUUCUUUUCCUCCAGACACUAUGUGUGGAAAUGGGAAUUCGAACAGCUCUUCCCAGAGGAGAGUGUGGUUAGUAAGUAACAUGUUUGUGAAUUUGACUUAUCCAGGAAACAAAACUUUCGGUAGUGAAACCUAUCCGUGUGCAAAUGCACCACAUCUUCCUAAAGUUGCAAGUACCUCACCUGAUAGACACACUGAAACUUAGGUUCUGAUUAUUCACAGGACAGCUGCAGUAGAACCUUCCCUUGCCUACAUGGAAUCAGAUGCCUGUGCUGUUCCAGUGGAAUCAUUUUCCUCCCUCCUCUUCACUGUGCCACUAAAUCUCAAGGCAGGAGCAGGAUGAAAGAGGCCAUAUUGGGGGGAGUAAGACAGAGGUGCCCUGCUCCGAGUCACCAACCAUUGCAAAGCCCAGGUGUUUCUAUAUAGAAAUGAGAGCAGUAAUAUAGCUUGGCACUAUAUGACACCUGACACACACCUUCAGGUCCCUUUUGCUCCUGCGCAGUCACAGGGCCCUCUACUAAUACUGGUACAGUACCUGCUGGAUCUGUGUUACCAGGGGGAGAGGAUCCUGAACAGCAGCAACUAUCCCUACAGGCAGGCUGCUGUGUCAGAACCUGUUGUUAAGAUCUACUAGUGAAUUGGGAACCCAUAAAUCCGUACCCCAGUCCCCACAAGGGAAAAAUCCUCCCUUUCUCCAGAGUCUGAGGAAAGCUGCAAGUUGAAGCUCACAAUGUUUUCUCCCCCUGGCCUCUCCCACGGGUGAUUAGUCUCUCCCCUGCCCUGCCACCCCGAUGGUCCACAGGCCUGAAAAAAAGGAGGGAAAAGGAGAUCAGUUCCCCCAGGAGAUGCUCCCAGGAGUUCACUUCCGCACACAGCUUGCACCUUAACAGGUGCUGAGCUAUUCUCAUUCUGUGAGUAAUGUGAGCAUGCUGAUGAUGCACACUAAUGUACCAGCUCAGAGAUGCACUGUGAGCAGGACAGGAUGUCACCUGGGGCAGAAGAGAAACUUGAUCCCUAAUAUUGCAAGAGGUAAUCAAGCCAUCUGCAGCAAGAAAGCAUCUGCUCCACUUGGUGCUUUGCUUCUGAUAACAGCAGUCAACUGCCGUCCAUGGCCUGUGGAGCUGGUGUAGCAUGUGGAAUGCCACCCACAAUAGCAGGCUGAGGAAAUGCUGCUGCCCAUGUUGCUGGCUUGUUGGCAUUUCUAUGUAUAGGCUCAUUUAUUUUUAAGAGAUGAUUAGAAAGAAUAAAUAUGACAUAGUGUCCGUCAUCUGAGGAGGUCCAUGCACUUUACAAAGGUGGAUAAGCAUUAUUAUUCCCCUUUGCUGCAGAGUGAGGAAGUAAAUCACCAAGGAGUUGAGAGAUUUGUCACAGGUUGCACAAGUUGUUAGUGGGACAUGGGACUAAAAUCCAUGUCUUCUGAGUCCCAGACCUGUGCUCUUAAACACUAGAUAAUGAUUUCCCUAAUUGCUUACUGCAGGAACCUCUGUCUUUCUCUUAUGUUACUGUGGACUUCAGAGUCAUGGUAUUUUCUUUUUGCUUUCGAUUCCCCUUUUCCCUGCCUUGCUCCAAAUUGUACACUCCACAAUGAGAGUGCUUCUUCACAGUUUCGAAGGUGGUGGAUAAGCACUAGGCCAGAUUCUGUGCUGUAGAUUCUGGCACUAAUUACAGAAGUGUCUUGGAGCUAGAGUGACUACUAGUAGCUUCCUCAGACUUCCUAGCAUGCUAUUCUGAAGCUCGUAGUUUCCUGAGGACACAGUGCUGGAGCAGUAUAAAAAGGGGACAGAGCAUGGUCUAGAAUCUGACCCAAUGACUGUAAUUACACUCCUCUCCCAUUGAAAACACACACACAGUUGUAGUUCAGCUGGGGAACUUGGCGCGCGCUCUCUCUCUCACGCACGCGCGCGCAAUUCAGCUGGGGAACUUGGCUUACAGAGAAGAAUGUGAGCCUGGGGCACCACAACUUUAUUUUCAUAUUUUGGGGCUUUAGCUGAAAUUUUCCAUGGAAACCAAACACUUACAAUUAAGAAUUUCAUUUAGUCAAAAUCCAGUUUUCUGACCAAAGCCAGAUUUGAGGGGAAAUUUCUGACCCACCUAACUUAAUACACUACAUUAGCAUGUAUAUCCCCAUAGGUGAGACUCAUGUAGGUAUUACAGAAUAGGGAUGUGAAUGUUGAACCUGUUAGU